AUGGCGCAACCCCGCGGGGCGCCGCCGCUCCUCCACUCCCGCCCGCACCGGCGGCUCCUGCGCUCGCAAAUCUCGCGCUGCGCCUGCCUGCUCCUUGCCUUCGCCGCGCUCCUCCUCCUCUCCUCCCUGCACCAGGUCGUGCGGGUCGACCUAUCCCGCCUGGACCCGGACCCGCCCCGCCAGGCCCGUUUCGCGAUCCCUCCUUCUCCAUUUUGGUUACUGGUGUCAAGCGAUCAACUGUGGGCUUCUAAUGGCUAUGGUUAUCAUGCUUGUGUUACACCAACCUCUAGAUAUAAGGUUCAAGGCAAGUCAGACAGCUACAUGACUGUUAGAAGUAAUGGUGGACUCAACCAAAUGCGCACUGGAAUCUGUGAUAUGGUCGCAGUUGCCCGUUUGGUGAAUGCAACACUUGUUAUCCCUCAGUUAGAUAAGCGAUCCUUCUGGCAAGAUACCAGUACAUUUAAAGACAUAUUUGAUGAGCCUCAUUUUAUUAAAGCUUUGGAAGGAGAUGUCCACAUUGUGAGUGACUUGCCUGGAAGUUUGCAAUCUGCUCCAAGAGCCCGGAAACACUUCACCUCAUGGUCUGGUGCAAGUUAUUAUGAGGAAGUGAAAGAGCUCUGGAAGAAUCAGAAGGUAGUUCACAUCCCAAAAUCUGACUCGCGUCUUGCUAACAACGGUCUUCCAAUUGAUAUCCAGAGAUUGAGAUGCCGCUGUCUUUACCAAGCACUGCGAUUUUCGGAUCUAAUUGAAGACCUAGGAAAGAAGCUAGUAGAACGUCUAAGAUCUCGUGGGAAAUAUAUUGCUCUUCAUCUACGAUAUGAAAAGGAUAUGCUAGCAUUUACGGGAUGCACUUACGGUCUGAGUGAUUCGGAAGCAAAUGAGUUGAGAAUUAUGAGAGAGAGAACAAGCCACUGGAAACUGAAGGAUAUAAACUCAACUGAACAGAGAUAUGAAGGCAACUGUCCACUGACUCCAAAUGAGGUGGGCAUUUUUCUGCGUGCUAUGGGCUAUCCUGAAUCCACAUGGAUAUACCUUGCAGCAGGUGAAAUUUAUGGUGGUGAAAAGUAUAUAUCAAAAUUGAGAUCGUACUUCCCAAAUUUGGUUAGCAAGGAGAUGCUAGCAACAAAAGAAGAGUUUGAGAAAUUCAAUAAUCAUGCCUCUCAAGUUGCUGCCCUUGAUUACAUAAUUGCAGUUGAAAGUGAUGUGUUUGUUCCAUCACACUCUGGCAAUAUGGCAAAAGCCGUAGAAGGCCAUCGUCGAUUUCUAGGGCAUCGUAAAACUAUCACUCCUGACAGGAAAGGAUUGGUGGAACUCUUUGAUUUACUGGAAAAAGGCGAUCUCAUGGAAGGUCCUAAGCUGUCAUCACUUGUUACUGAGAUGCAUAAAUACAGACAAGGGGCUCCAAGGAAGAGGUAUGGCUCCUUGCCAGGAAGCAAGGGCAGAGCACGGCUUAGGACUGAGGAAUCUUUUUAUGAAAACCCAUUUCCUGAGUGCAUCUGUUUGACUGGGAGGCACUGA